AUGUAUCGAACAUCUCUUCCAUUCCUCGAUCCCAGAAAAAGCAUUUAUUGGUCCGCUUCCUCCCACCCCCUCAAUUCUCUGCGGAGGAUGGCUACGAGGAUCUCCUCAUCAUUCCACUACACUCGGCAAAUCCGGCGACAGGGAGGAUUCGGCAACUCCGCCAUCACCGGGCACGCGGCCGUGAGAGCGAGCGCCUCCUCGCACAGCGCGUCCUCAGCCGCUCGCGCAGCGGCAACCAGACGGGUCGCCGCGGCGGUGGCAGCGGCCGCGUGCCAAGCGAAACCAAGCCUGGCGCGGGUGUGGAGGGAGAUCCAAGGCUCCAACGACUGGCAAGACCUGGUAGCACCUCUCCAUCCUCUCCUCCGCGACGAGGUGGUCCGCUACGGCGAGUUCGUCAACGCCUGCUACAAAGCCUUCGACCUCGACCCCACCUCCAAGCGCUACCUCAACUGCAAGUACGGAAAGAAGAGCCUGAUGAGGGAGCUGGGGAUGGAGAGGUCGGGCUACGAGGUCACCAAGUACAUCUACGCGACCCCCGAUAUCGUCUUCCCCAUGCAUCACACGGCAUGCUGCAGCCGCUGGAUGGGUUACGUGGCUGUCUCUUCCGAGGAGGAAACACAGCGGUUGGGCCGCCGGGACGUGCUGAUCACCUUCCGGGGAACGGUGACCGGGUCCGAGUGGAUCGCUAAUCUCAUGAGCUCCCUCACCCCCGCCAGGCUUGACCCACACGAGCCCCGUCCGGAGGUCAAAGUUGAGGUGGGCUUCCUCAGUAUGUACACGUCCGACGAUAGCACAAGCAGAUUCGGCAUGGAUAGCUGCAGGGAACAGCUCCUCUCGGAGCUCUCCAGGCUCAUCACCAAACACAGAGGGGAGGAACUGAGUAUCACCUUUUCAGGGCACAGCAUGGGCAGCUCCCUGGCGAUCCUCGCCGGCUACGACAUCGCCGAGCUCGGCCUGAACCAGGGCAUCCCCACCACCGUCUACUCCUUCGCAGGCCCAAGGGUGGGGAACGCCGACUUCAAGGCGAGGUGCGAGGAGCUCGGCCUAAAGGUCCUCCGAAUUGUGAACGUCAAUGACCCGGUCACUAAGUUGCCGGGUGUCUUCCUUAACGAGAACAUGAGGGCUUGGUGCGCUAAGCACGAACUCCCAUGGAGCUGCUCCUGUUAUGCCCACGUCGGGGUCGAGCUGGCUCUGGAUUUCUUCAGGAUGAGGGACCCCGCCUGCGUCCACGACCUGGAGGCCUACAUAAGGUUACUGCGGUGCCCAGACGUGAUGCAGGUUCAGGAGGAAGAGGAUGACUUCCUCCUCAAAGCCAUUAGAUUAUUGAGCUCCUGCAAGUUCGAUGCGAAACUUUGGCACGAGGCCGCCGUCAAUAUGGGCAACCUGAUGCAGUCUCUGGGGAUUUGA